AUGCGUGUCUCCGUUUUGGUCAGUCUCUAUACAGCAUCACAAGUUGGGGUGGACUAAGUGCUGACCGUUGCUUUGUUUUGUUCCCUCGCAGGCCGACUGCUUGAACAACAUCCACAAUGCCGAGAAGCGAGGCAAGCGCCAGGUCUUGAUCCGACCUUCGUCCAAGGUCAUCGUCCGAGUUUUGACCGUCAUGCAGAAGCACGGUUAGUCAUAUCCGCCUUUUACUUGAUGCCACUGGAUGACUGAUGCCGCUUCUUCCUCGUUGAUCCAGGCUACAUUGACGAGUUCGAGGAGAUCGUGCGUUUGCCUGUCCCAGGGCAAACUAGCAACCCGAACCCCGUGGGAACUGACCCCCCGCUCUCCCCCGCUUCGAACUCUUUCAUAGGACGACCACCGAUCGGGCAAGAUCGUUGUCCAAUUGAACGGCCGCAUCAACAAGUGCGGUGUCAUCUCCCCCCGCUUCUCCAUCAAGAACGCCGACAUUGAGCAAUGGGUCACCAUGCUCCUCCCCGCUCGUUCGUUCGGGCUCUUGAUCCUCACCACCGACCAAGGUAUCAUGGACCACAACACCGCCCGUCGCAAGCACACCGCCGGAAAGAUCUUGGGCUUCGUUUACUAA